AUGGAGCCGAGCUCGGCGGCCGGGCGCGGACCCAUCAAGGGCAUCCUGAAGAAGAGCGGCGGUAGGGUUUCGCCGGGAGGGGUGACCCCAGAGGCGCCGCCGCGGGCAAGCGCGGCCCGCGAUGAGGACGAGCCCGAGCACGGUAAAAAAUCCCAGAAGUGGGAUGAAAUGAACAUCCUGGCUACAUACCACCCGGCAGACAAAGAUUAUGGCAAGAUGAAAAUAGAUGAGCCAAGUACUCCUUAUCACAGCAUGGUAGGAGAAGAUGAUGAGGAUGCAGUGAGUGAUUCAGAAUCAAAUGAGCCCUUAAAAGCAGAUGUCUUGAGUAAAAAACUGGCAGCAGCUGCUGAAGGUGAAGGGCCCAAGGUAAUAGCAAGGCAAGAGCAAAGCAGUGAGGAGGAGGAAGAAGAUGAGGAAUUAACCCCUGAAGAGAGAGAGAAAAAGAAACAGUUCGAGAUGAAGCGAAAAAUGCACUAUAAUGAGGGGAGAAACAUCAAAUUAGCAAGGCAGCUCAUUGCAAAAGAGCUGCAUGGUGAAGAGGAGGAGGAUGAUGAAGAGAUGCAGGAUGCUGCAGACUGAGAUUUCCUGCUGAUUGAAAUGAAGAUGGCCAGUCCAAUCAGCGAUGUUGCAUGAAGACUGCUUGUGCUGCUGGCCCCUGAGGAAAAGCACCCAACCACGAGCAAAUCCACAUCAGGACUGUAAAGAUGAGCUGAGUUUAGUCUCUGGCUGUUCUUUUAUAUAAAGUUAACUGCUGAUGAUCUACUAAUUUGGGGUGGGCAACAUGCAUACUGAAACCUAGUGGUCUAAAUUGUCCUGUGUCCAUACACCUUCAGCAGCUGCUUUUGUGAAAUGAAAGUUGUUUGGAAGAACAGAAGGGAAACUGCCUAAUUCAGAUGCUUGUUUACAGUGUGGUUGUAUAGCCCUGUGAAGAGGGAUUCUGAACCUCCCAAAUAACUGUAAACAACUCCCCACUCCGUGGAAUUUGACUGGUUAAUGUUUCAGCAUUCAGAGUAGUUCCUGGGUUUUAUUACACAAAUCAAGUAUACACUUAAGCUUUAGCUUGGUUAUGGAAUACAGUGUAUAUCUUAACUUUGACCUGAAUUUGAUAUGUUGCAAACAUCCAUAUAAUGAUAUGGAUCUAUUUUAAACUGUCUUUUUGUUCACUGUACAUGUGUAGUUUGAAUAAAGGAAUGAAAGUUAUUUUACAGUUACAUGCAUUCUCAAAUGUGAGCUUUCAUGAAAUCUCAGAUUGAGAGUGAGUAAGGCAAUAGGAUGCUUUUCUUUGAUAGAUUUAUACAGAAGUCAUUAGAAUGGAUGCAUUGCCAAAGAUACUGAUGAGUUGUGCUAACUGGAUGUUGUAGAGUGCCUUUCCCAGCUGUCUCCUCUCCUUAGCAAGUAACAGGGUUGUCAGUUGUCUGAUACUUAGUUUUCUAAGGACCUGAACUGGGAUCAAUAGCACUUUUUCACAAGGAGGAGUUGAACUCUUGAUUCAGUCCAGUGUGGUGAUGCUAAUUUUUCUAUGUAGAGAAUGCUGUUUCUCUUUGUGUAAGACACAGUGACUUUCAUAGAAUAAACAAUGGUGAGGAGUGUUUAGAUACUUCUGACUCCUGAAGUCACUUAGUAUAGCUUUAAGUUUGGGCCCUAAAACAGGGAUUCAAAACUUGAAGUCUGCAUCCUUUAUAGACCAGCUUGCAGUAUUGAAAUGUCUGCACCAACCUCUAUUUCAGCUGGACCAGCUGUUGGCCUGGUCUGCCCCAGCCAGGGCAGUGAAGUCCAGGGCUGAGUGGCAGGACUCAGCAAAGCUGGAAUAUGAAUGGGUCAGGCUUUGACAGGUGGAUGGGGGUAGCGCAGAUAUCUUCUGCAAUGCUGCACAACCAAUCACUUGUACUUUUUGCUAAGUCCAAGUGGGUACUUAGUACCUGCAAUCAAGGCAGAAUCCAUCAGAAGCAGCUCUCACAUGAGCUGAUGCUCUGCUUUCUUUCAUCCUAGGCUGUAUCCAAGAACUCAUUUUCAUUUUGAGCUCAGCACCAGGCACUUUGUACCCUACAAUACCUGCAAAACGUUUUAACAUUAAACCCCAAACUUUGCUAACUUCCAGUAAAGACCUGGCCUCUAAUGGCUUCCCGAGUCCUGGAUGAAAUGGGUAUGAAGCUUUGAGGGAGGUACAGUGUACAUAAAUGCAUGAAGAUGGUUUUAAGAUGAACCUCAGGAUGUAUAGUAGGGCCUUUCAUCAGUCAGAUACUUUUCAGUUGUCUGGGUGAUCUCCCUUCUUCUGCACCACCAAGCCCCCACGUUUUAGUCAGAUUCUGUAUUGGAACUUGUACUGGUUUCAAUCAUGGGUUUUAUUAAAGGCUUUGUUCUUCAUUCUCUUCAGUGCCAGCAAAAAUACUGCUUGUGUUUCUUCACAUCACUUACCUGGAGGGCUUCCAACCAAAAGGUUGGUGUUUAUCCAGGCUUACACCCUCUUGCAUUUUGAAAGCUCAAGUAGGCAAAUGUACUUUGCAGUAACUACACAUACUCUCCCUAUAGCUUUUCUUCUGCAAAGGGAUGCCUGAUUACCUUCUAGUCUGGAAAUACCACUUACAGUUUCUUGCUGGAUGGAGACAAGAGAAGAAAUGCCUUUUUUUUCCACAUAUAAUGGGGGCUUAGCUUGUAUCACAUGUAAAUUUUGGGGUGCAUGUGGUAAAGGCUUAUACAUACAGUAGAGUGGUGUAAAGAGGAAACAAAAGACACACAGCCCUUACUAAUGUGGACAUGGAACUCCACAGCAUCAACAUGGUGAAGCUUCUUGCACAGGUUAAGUCUUCAAGCUGCAUCCUGUUUAGAGAAAUUAUUUUCAGGAGGCUUCCAGUAGGAAGAGCACUUGCAAGUAAGAGCCUUAACUUCAUCUUUAAAGGUUUGGGGGGUUUUCUGUCCUUAAAAGUUUCUUUCACACCAAGUUGUACACAGUUAAUGGGAAGUGCAAAUAUUUUUCUGAAAGCUCCCUCUCUUGUGUUAAACUUGUGUA